AUGGAUCCUGUCGGGCCCGGCGGGGGCGCCGGCGGGAAGCCGAACCUGCAGAUGGUCUACCAGGCCGUGCAGGCGCUCUACCACGACCCGGACCCCAGCGGCAAGGAGCGCGCCAGCCUCUGGCUCGGGGAGCUGCAGCGCUCGGUUCACGCCUGGGAGAUCUCCGACCAGUUGCUACAGAUCCAGCAGGAUGUGGAGUCUUGUUACUUUGCGGCCCAAACCAUGAAGAUGAAAAUCCAGACCUCGUUCUAUGAGCUCCCGACGGAUUCCCACGUCUCCCUCCGCGAUUCCCUGCUUUCCCACAUCCAGAACUUAAAAAAUAUGUCCCCCGUCAUUGUCACCCAGCUUGCGUUAGCCAUAGCAGACCUCGCCUUGCAGAUGGCUUCUUGGAAGGGCUGCGUGCACACCCUGGUGGAAAAGUACAAUAACGACGUGAUGUCCCUGCCCUUCCUGCUGGAGAUCCUGACGGUGCUACCGGAGGAAGUGCACAGCCGGUCCCUGCGCAUCGGAGCCAACCGCCGCACGGAGAUCAUUGAGGACCUGGCCUUCUACUCCAGCACGGUGGUCGCCCUCCUGGUGACGUGCGUGGAGAAGGCCGGGAGCGAUGAGAAGAUGCUCAUCAAGAUCUUCCGGUGCCUCGGCAGCUGGUUCAACCUGGGCGUCCUGGACAGCACCUUCAUGGCCAACAGCAAGUUGCUCUCCCUGCUUUUUGAGGUUCUGCAACAGGACAAGACCUCGUCCAACUUGCACGAAGCCGCCUCGGACUGCAUCUGCUCCGCGCUCUACGCCAUCGAGAACGUGGAGACCCACCUUCCCCUCGCCCUGCAGCUCUUCCAGGGCGUCCUGACCCUGGAGACGGCCUACCACAUGGCCGUAGCCCGCGAGGAUCUGGACAAGCACCGGGUUAGAAACUGGGAGACGGAAGGGAUCCCCGAGGAAACCGAUGACUUUGGGGAGUUCCGGAUGAGAGUGUCGGACCUCGUCAAGGACCUGAUCUUCUUGGUCGGCUCCGUGGAGUGCUUUGCCCAGCUUUACGCCACUUUGAAAGAAGGCAACCCGCCCUGGGAGGUGACGGAGGCCGUGCUCUUCAUCAUGGCUUCAAUAGCCAAGAGUGUUGACCAAGAGAAUAACCCCACCCUGGUGGAAGUGCUGGACGGAGUGGUGCGCCUCCCCGAAGCUGUGCACACGGCGGUGCGCUACACAAGCAUCGAGCUGGUUGGGGAGAUGAGCGAAGUGGUGGACAGGAACCCCCAUUUCCUGGACCCGGUCCUGGGCUACCUGAUGAAGGGCUUGUGUGAGAAGGCCCUGGCCUCCGUGGCCGCCAAAGCCAUCCACAACAUCUGCUCCGUCUGCCGGGACCACAUGGCCCAGCACUUCACGGGCCUGCUGGAAAUCGCCCGCUCCCUGGACUCCUUCAUGCUCUCCCCGGAAGCGGCGGUCGGACUCCUGAAAGGGACGGCGUUGGUGCUGGCCAGGCUGCCCCUGGAGAAGAUCUCGGCGUGCCUCAGUGAACUCUGCGCCGUUCAGGUGAUGGCCCUGAAAAAGGUGGGUGGAAAACCACCCAGCUCAGAGAGCGCCAAGGACCCCACACUUUCCUUCUGGAGAGUUCCCUUUUCUUUUGAUUUCUCCUUCCACUGCAGGCACACCAACCCCAUUGUAGAAAACGGGCAGACGCAUCCGUGCCAAAAGGUCAUCCAAGAGAUUUGGCCGGUGCUCUCGGAGACGUUGAACAAACACCGGGCGGACAACCGCAUCGUGGAACGCUGCUGCCGAUGCCUGCGUUUCGCCGUCCGUUGCGUCGGCAAGGGGUCGGCAGCCCUCCUGCAGCCGCUGGUCACUCAGAUGGUGAACGUGUACCAGGAGCAUCAGCACUCCUGCUUCCUCUACCUGGGCAGCAUCCUGGUGGACGAGUACGGCAUGGAGGAAGGGUGCAGGCAGGGGCUGCUCGACAUGCUGCAGGUAGGUAGGUUCAUCCAACGCAGCCCACUCACCCUCCUGCGCAGCCAGGUGAUCCUCCCCAUCCUGCAGUGGGCCAUCGCCGCCACCACCCUGGAUCACCGGGACGCCAACUGCAGCGUCAUGAAGUUCUUGCGUGACCUCAUCCACACCGGAGUGUCCAAUGAUCACGAGGAGGACUUUGAGGCCCGCAAGGAGCUCAUCGGGCAUGUGAUGACCCAGCUGGGCCAGCAGUUGGUGAGCCAGCUGUUGCAGACCAGCUGUUUCUGCCUGCCGCCUUACACCCUACCGGACGUGGCCGAGGUGCUGUGGGAGAUCAUGCAGGUCGACAGGCCGACGUUCUGCCGCUGGCUGGAGAACUCCCUGAAAGGGUUGCCGAAGGAGACCACGGGGGGAGCCGUUCAGGUGACCCACAAGCAGCUGACGGACUUCCACAAGCAAGUCACCAGGUCAGUGGGGAGAGGGGCCGGGGGGGGCAGCCUUCCAGUAGCCUUGGGAUCCCAGUCUGGGGCUGGGCUGCGGGAAGCCCCUUGA